UCUUAAAUCAUUUGCAGAACUUACGAAUAGUUUUGGAAACGUAGAGACCUCAUAAUGUGUAUGGCCAGACAGUUCACGAGCUGCGAUGCGGAGCGGCCGAAAAUGCUCCCCGUCCCCUCCACCAGGGACCAGCCCCUGAUCUUCAACUUCGAGCCCAUCACCGAGAGGAAACCCAAGGUCGCAGGCAAGAAGCGCAGGCGACGUGUGCUCUACCCCGAUCACCGGGUCAGGAAGCUUCCCGUUCAGACUGACGUGGCCAAGAGGCUAUUUCUCGCUUUCCUCUCCAUUGUCAUCCUCCAGGUGUACUAUGCGACCGAGGACGAGGCCAGCCUCAACCCAGUGGAGGCGAACAGGCCCGUGACCUGCCUUGGUCUGGUGCCAACCUCCUCCCGACUGUGCCUACUGGGACUGACGCGCACUGCAUCCUCGAACUUGUGGAGAAAGAUCUGUGGCAGUCUCUCAGUACCCUGCGAUGCCCUGUCAAAGAUUCCCAGCUGGGUGGGUGAAAUGGAGACCAGUCCAUGUAUAACAUCAGCCCGAGCCCUGGAACUUGCUUACCCUUGCCCAGCCACGAUGGUGUACAUGUAACAUGUGUGUCAAUUUGUUUGAGGUUGAAUCAUUAGUUGUUGAUCAAUAUACGGUGCAAUUCUGAUAUUCCACUAUCCGAUCAUUCGGAUAUCCCUAUGCUUUAGCACCAGACUCACCAGGUGCUCCUUCCCAACUCACUGGGGCCCAGGUUCCCAACCUCGCUUCCCACCCCGGAGUCUCUGGUUCCUGUGGAACAGGCUGCCAGGGGUGGUGGUGGAAGCAGAUGGCAGCUUUUAGACAGGUACAUGGAUGUCAGGGAAUGGAAGGACAUGGACCAUGCGCAAGCAGAAGAGAUUUAGUUUAAUUUGGCAUCGUGUUCAGCACAGACACGGUGAAGGCCCUGUGUUCCUGUGCUGUACUGUUCUAUGUUCUAUCUACGUUCUACAUAGAACAGUACAGCACAGGAACAGGCCCUUCGGCCCACGAUGUUGUGCCGAACUAAUUAAACUAGUAAUUAAAUACCUAACUAAAUGAAUCCUUUCAGCCUACACAGUGUCCAUAUCCCUCUGUUCUCUGCACAUCCAUGUGCCUAUCUAAGAGCCACUUAAACACCUCUGUUGUAUCUGUCUCCAGCACCACCCCUGGCAGCGCAUUCCAGGCACCCACCACUCUGUGUAAAAAAAAACUUGCCCCACACAUCUCCUUUGAACUUACCCCCUCUCACCUUAAAUGUAGUCCCAUCUAGUAUUAGACAUUUCAACCCUGGGAAAAAGAUACUGGCUGUCUACUCUAUCUAUGCCUCUCAUAAUCUUAUAAACCUCUAUCAGGUCUCCCCUCAGCCUCCGACGCUCCAGAGAAAACAACCCAAGUUUGUCCAACCUCUCCUUAUAGCACCUGCCCUCUAAUCCAGGCAGCACCCUGGUGAACCUCUUCUGCACCCUCUCCAAAGCCUCCACAUCCUUCCCAUAAUGGGGUGACCAGAACUGGAUGCAGUACUCCGGAUGCAGUCUAACUAGUGUUUUAUAAAGCAGUUGUAUUCUCCUUCUUCACUUGCUGAAGCCCCAGAAUCCCAUGUUCCCUUCUGAUUCACUGGAGCCCUGUUCCCCCCUGUUUUCCUUAAACCGACCAGGGCCCUGCUUCUCAUCCCUCUUUUUCACCCAUCGGGGCCGUGAUUCCCGCACCCUCUUCCUACUCACGGUCUUCCCGUUUCCCACACUCUCUUCCAAUAUGUGAGGGUCCGGUUUCCUAUGCUCCCUCUAAGUUUUCCUUAAAUUUAUUCUAUAACAGUGUCACAUCUGAAAAAACAGUGAGUUAAAAAAUGUGUUUGAUGUCAACGGCAUCCAAGAGUCCGGAAAAUCUGCCAGUCCAGCACCUCCAAAUUCCCGAGCAUGCCAGAUUUUUGGAGUUUUACUCCAGAUUGGCUGUUUGUUCUCGGGAGUUUAUGCUGGAUGUUGGUAGUGCUCAGAGUUUCACUUGAGGCAGUGUUGUGGAUAUACCUUGCUUUGUCUCAGAAGGACACCGGGCACUGACUCUUACUUACAAUGUGUUGGCAAACAUCUUCACUCCCUGACCCCAGUCCCUUGAAGACCACCUGUUGCAAAAACCCAACACCUCUACCGGCUGGAAGGACAGAGCAGCAAAGCAUGGUGAACACCACUGGGAAGUCGCCCUCCAAGUCAUGCACCAUCCCGACCUGGGAAUAGAUCACCGUUCUUUCACCGUCGCUGGGUCAGAAUCCUGGAACUCCCUCCCUGACAGCAGUGUGGGUUGAUCCACACCUCAAGGACUGCAGUGGUUCAAGAAGGCAGCUCACCACCACCUUCUCCAGGACAACUAGGAGUGGGCAACUAGAUGCUGGCUCAGCCUGCGAAGCCCACAUCCCAUGAACGAACUAAAGAAAAGAACUUGGGGCUCGUCUCUGAAACUGGAAUCCCAUCUAAGCUUAAACUUCUUCCAGGUUUGGGCUUUCAUGAAUUCCAUAAUGGUAAAACAAAAAGCUGACUAAACUGUAGGUGCUGCCUACCAGAAUUAAGGAUAGAACAUACUGACAAAACUAAGCCACCUCUUGACCUGUAUGUGGGAUGUAUACAUGGGCAUUUGGAGGUUAGCAUGGACAUGAUGGGCUGAAAGGCCCAUUUCUGCGCUACAUGAUUUUAUGAAGUACUGACUCCCUUUCUCUUUCCACAUGUGUUCUGCCUGACCCAUCGCGUCAUCCAAGCAUACAGCACAAACAGGCCCUUCGGCCCACUGAGUCCGUUUUAUCAAUUAAACCUACAUUAAUCUCAUUCUCCCCACAUUCUCAGGGAACACCCCCCCCCCCCCCGCCUCCUCAAAUUCUACCACUCACCCACACACACUAGGAGCGAUUUACAGUGGACAAUUAACCCAGUGACCUGCACAUCUUUGGGAUGUGGGGGGAAACCCACGCGGUCACAGGGAGAACGGGCAAACUCCAUACACAGCGCCCGAGGUCGGGAUCGAACCCAGGUCUCCGGAGCUGUGAGACAGUGGUUCUACCCGCUGCGCCACCGUGCUACCCUGAGUUUAAAAACACUGAAAAUAGGAAUAGGCCAUUUGGCCCCGACAACAUUCCUGGCCUAUCAUUCACUUCAGAUCCUGUUCCAUCCUGUUCCUUGAGGACUUUUGUGCUAUAAAAAUAUAUCUACCAGUGCUUUCUGCUUUUACUUCAGUGCAUUCAAUGUGUGUUAUAUUAGUUAAUUGUUAAGUUAUGGGACCUUGCUAAAUAUGUUCAUCGGUUUAAUUAUGUUUUUAUUAUUUAAAUAUACUUAAUUUAUUUAUUAACUUAUUUAAAAUGUUUAGCCUUGUGUGUGUAAGGCCUGUUAAACCCUGACUUGUGCAGUAAGAUAGUUACUGAGUUUUGACUUCACCAGUUAGGUGAGGAAGUUAAAUGUGCCUUUGUAACAGAGAAUGUGAAUAGUUUGGUCACAUGUACAAUUGUUCAAUGAACAGAUUCACUGCAA